AUUUUGGACUGGGUCGCGUUUUAACUGUAGAUAUUCGGUCCCCCCCAUUUAUUUCGAAUUACAUAAAAUAAAAGACUAUUGCCAAAGAAAAUUAUGGCUCUGCGUUUGCUUAGCCUGACCUUAGGUUCACAUAUCCGACGCCGUCUACCUAUUGCACCAAAAAGCGGCUUCAUAAAUCACUUUCGCUUAGGUAAUCCUGGAACGCACCGGCUGCUGCACGUGCGUAUAACAGACCAGGAUGCCGGCAUGCAGGCCAAACGUGAGGCUAACAAAUUCGACGAGUCUCACCGACAACAACCAAUAAUCGAUGAGGAGGAACAACAACAACCACAAGUUAUAAAACCUGUCAAAAAGUCACCAAAGACAAAAUCAAACGAAGCUGAUUUAUUUGGCCAUGUAAAGGAGGAGGAUCUAAGUGAAACGUAUGCUGAUCCCGGUGAUGCAGCUGAAGAGGAGUUUCUAAGCAGACCAACAAGAAAUUUUCGUAAAUUGCGUACCAAAGAAUAUGCACGCCUAAUCAAAGAACAUUUAAAUGCCCAUCGUCUGAAUGAGGCAAUUGCAGUUGUCGAGCAACGCAUGUUGAAGGAGGAUCGAGUUAAGCCGGAGAACUAUAUAUACAAUCUACUGAUAUCAGGAUGCGCCAAGGAAGGCUACACCCGCAAAGCCUUUCAGCUGUACACGAAGAUGCGUCAACGCGGUUUAAAGGUAACUGGCGGCACAUAUACGUCCUUGUUGAAUGCCUGCGCAAAUGCUCCCACAUCCAAGGAUGGCCUGCAACGGAUUCAGCUACUGCGUGAGAGUAUGCUAGAGAAGGAUUAUGAGCCAAAUGUAAAGAACUACAAUGCCAUGAUCAAGGCCUAUGGCCGAUGCGGAGAUGUUGCGUCUGCCUAUCAAAUAGCCGAUGAAAUGCUCGAACGUAAAUUGCUGAUGAAUGCGGAGACAUUCAAUUUUCUUCUGCAAGCCUGUGCGGGGGAUGAGGAGCAUGGAUUUCGUCAUGCAUUGAUCACUUGGCAUAAGAUGCUACAGAGUGGAAUCAAGCCGGAUUAUUAUAGCUUUGGCACAAUGCUAAGAUGUGUGAGGGAUUGUAAAUUUGGUAGCUUAGAUGAUAUGCGUGAUGUUCUAAACACAAUAUGUCCUUCUCCAGCUAAAGAUGAAGUAAAACAAAUAAACUCAUCUUCUGCUGACCAAACGAUUAAGUCCCAAUCAGCUCUCAAUCCCUUUUCGGCCAAUGGUUCACAAAUUGAGUUGAUCCCAUCCAGCGAUGACAAUCACUUGGAAUUACCCAAUUUGCUUCUGCCCCAACCACAUUUGGGUAGUUUGGUAUCACUUGCCGAUGUCAUUAAACCCCACGAGAGAUUCCUAUUACUUGGCGGACUAACUGGUUUCCUUGAGCAUAUGAAACAGCUUGAGAUUACACCGGAUAUUGAAUGUUUCACCCUUAUGCUGGAGGUGAUACCACCCACAAAUGCUGCCGAAAAGCAACUAUUGGGAUUUGUUCGCAAAAUUGGCCUAAAAGCGGAUAUUGACUUUUUUAAUAUUCUGAUUAAGAAACGUUCCAUGCGUUUUGACUAUGCAAGUGCUCGUGAGGUUUUGACAAUGAUUCGAACAGCCGGCCUAAAACCGGAUAUCAUUACCUAUGGAGUCCUUGCCUUGGGUUGUCGCACUCAAGAGGAAGCCAGAGAACUGCUGCAAGAGAUGCAGGCUGCCGACAUUAGAAUGAAUAUGCCCAUAUUGGGUGCCAUGUUACGUCAGGGUUGUGCCCAAAGGAAUUUUGCGUACAUCAAUGAAAUCAUGCAAUUGUGCCUGGAGGAGAAACUGAAACCGAACGAAUCGUUUUUAAGGCAUCUCCAUAAUUUUCAUCGAGGUUGUGCCAGAGCCAUAGACGCCAGGCAUCCUUCGACCAAGACAACAUCGUACAAAAAGGGGCACUCGAAAUUCUGUGAUAAAUAUCGCAUGUUCUAUGAGGAACAUGGCCUGUCCAAUCUUAAGUUAGAGGAUGCCAUAGCUAAGAUAAAGGAACGUCCUUAUGCCCAGUACAAGAAACCCAAUGUUGAGGGUAUGGAAUCGCUGAAGCAUGAACAAAUCAAGAGGAAAACCAAAUUAAGAAAAUACAUUAAAAAAAUCAAAAUUAAUGAACUUCAAGAUGAUCCUGAUCCUCCUCGUCUACGUGAAAGUACAGUCAAACAGCUGGAGUAAACCCUUUUGUUGUUUUGGAUAAUAAUUAAGUUAUAUAAGAAUAUUGCAGUCAUACAUUAUUUAAGGUAAAUUGUUAACAAACUUUCAA